AUGACGCGACCAGCUUCGCUUGGCAAGGCGCUGAAGAAGCUGUGCUGCACGCGAGACGGCGCUGAGGAUGCGGGAAGUGCACCUCUGGCCUCCCCACCGCUCAACAUCCCCGAAGGUUUGUACAAAGUCUUUCACAAAGACAUGACGGAGUACGUCGAUCCUAUGAAAGACAGGGAACAGUACUAUGGAGGUUACACGGACCCCAAUCGCCGUCACGAUCCAGCCAUCGUUCCUUCUGACGAGUGGGAGCGAGUUGUUGACCACGACUCCCUGUACGAAGGCAAAUCCCGUCACACCAACAAGAAAGCCUUCUGGGCAUUCCCAGGGAGUAGGUGGCAAGUCGAGCCCGAUGGUGCCCUGCAUCAGCUCGAAGGAGACGGAAAACUGAAACAAGUAAAGGCAGAGCUGAAAGACCUCAAGUACGACGCGGUCCACAAAGGCCAAGUUGUUGGCCGCUUUGAACUUCCAAAAGAUCCUGCUGGGGGACCUACCAUGCUCAGGAAGGGUGUAUAUGACAUCGAGGAGAAUCCGGUUCAGGAGAUGGGCAUUCUUUAUAGACCAACUUGGGACCAAGCGUCGAAGACGAUGAUCCAGAUGCGCCGCAAGCAGGCCGCGCAAGAGCUAGAAGAGUUGAGGCAAUCAUCUGCUCGUUUCGCUGCCUCCUCUUCGAAUCAACGAGCGAUAGAGCAGUUGACUGCUCUGAAGCAAACGCUCGCUCGCCACCCCUUACCCUCAUCCAGCAGUCAGGCUCCUCAGCAGCUAAUCGAUACGAGGCCGGGAUCUGCGCGCUACGCGUCAUCGACUUCGAGAGACCCAGCCUCGAGACCGGCGGGCAUUCUACGGCAGUCAUCCGCUCGCUAUGGCUCCUCUUCAUCCAAAGAUCUGGCGAAACCUUGA